AUGCUUCCCCCAAACUAACCCCUGCUCCAGAACCCACAAAUCUGUUCAUUUUAGAACCCUAAUUUGCAUACAGAUGUGACAGAUGUAUAUAUAUAUAAUUUAUACAUAUACAUGUAUAUAUACUCGCGGGACGAUUUAACUAUUCUUCUGGAACUUGAGGGAAGGAUUCUGCAAACUGAAUCAUCAUCCGCAUCUGCAUCUCCAUCCUCCUAGGGCUGCAUGAGAAGUCCGGUUGCGAAGCGGUGCUUCAAGAAGAAGUUGUUGAAGCAGCAGCAGUACAAGGAGCAAUCAUGGGCCUCGAUGUCGUUUCUCGCCCGCCACUCGGCCCUCUACUGCUUUCUCAAUCCUGUUCGUCUUCGUCGCCAUCGUCGUGGUCGCCACCGUUCCCACUGCGGCAUCGCUUCCCCGGUCGUCGACGGUUGAAUUCCCAGUUUGCCCCUCGCAGGUUGGAAGUUUUUUAUGCUAGAUGUUCAAUAACAGAAACUGAAGUACCCAAUCAUGUUCACACUGACAAAGAAGUCCAGAAUGAAUUUUCAUCCGCUGCAUCUAAUUGUUCAGUCCCAAUUGUUCAUAUAAAAUCUGAUAUCCUUGAGGUUGAAUCUUCAAAUUUGCUGGUUGAAGAUACUUAUUUUGACAAUCUGUUGACAACAUUGCCAGUCUUAUCGGAGGAGGAGCAGAAUGUCCUUGCUGCAACCCCUGCACAUCCAGCAGGAUUGUAUGCCUUGUAUGCUAGUUGUGUAGCUGGAAAUUUGGUGGAACAGCUCUGGAAUUUUGCAUGGCCUGCUGUUAUUGCAUUGCUUCAUCCAAGCCUUCUCCCAAUUGCAAUAAUGGGUUUCUUUGCUAAGCUUGCAGUAAUUGUUGGGGGCCCUUUUGUUGGUAAACUUUUGGAUCAUUUCCCUAGAGUACCUGCAUAUAUGUUUUUGUCAACUGUCCAGGUAGCUGCUCAGCUUUUAUCCGUUGCUAUGAUAGUCCAUGCCCAUAUGGUUCACCCAUCUGUGUCAUCCAUGGUUUCCCGCCCUUGGUUUGUUGUUUUAGUAUUAGCUGGGGCUGUCGAGAGGCUGUCUGGGUUGGCUCUGGGGGUUGCAGUGGAACGUGACUGGGUUGUGCUGUUAGCAGGAGCAAAUCGGCCUGUUGCUCUUGCACAGGCAAAUGCUACUCUUAGUCGAAUUGAUCUUCUCUGCGAGAUUGCUGGAGCAUCUCUAUUUGGCAUUCUCCUGUCUAAAUACAACCCUGUGACCUGCUUGAAGCUUGUUGCUGGUUUAAUGAUAUGGACACUUCCUGUUGCAGUUGGUCUCAUGUGGUUAACCAACAAACUUUCUAAAGGGGUUCUUGAUCGUCCUAAAUCUCCACAAGCAUGUUGCAGAAAUUCUACAGAAAGACCUUUGCUGGAUACUGAGAAUAUAGUGAAGAUGAGUGUGGAGGCUACCAAGCAUGGGUGGGUUGAAUACUUGCAGCAGCCUGUGCUCCCAGCAAGCCUAGCAUAUGUUCUUCUUUACUUCAAUGUUGUUCUUGCUCCUGGUGGAGUGAUGACAGCAUUCUUAACGCAGCAUGGUCUAACUCCAUCAAUAAUUGGGGGGUUUAGUGGAUUAUGUGCUUUCAUGGGUGUUGCAGCAACAUAUCUAUCCGCAAACAUGGUCAAACAGUUCGGAGUUUUAAAGGCUGGAGCAGUUGGACUGAUAUCACAGGCUAUACUUCUUACGAUUGCUGUUGCUGUUUAUUGGAGUGGAUCUCUUUCUGAGCGGACUCCACUCCUAUUCUUCUUGUGUUUGAUUGUAUUGUCAAGGUUGGGACACAUGUCAUAUGAUGUCAUCGGGGUGCAGAUUCUUCAAACUGGGAUCCCAGCAUCUAAAGCAAAUCUUAUUGCAGCAACAGAGGUUUCUGUUGCUAGCUUGGCAGAGUCUGCAAUGCUGGGAGUUGCAAUAAUUGCAAAUGAUGCUUCACAUUUUGGAUUCCUAGCAAUGUUAUCACUCCUAUCGGUAGUUGGAGCAGCAUGGUUAUUCUGCCGAUGGUUGGUGAAUCCUACAGAUGCACAAAGAAGACUUUUCUCUUUUGAUCCACAAUUUUGAUUUCUUACGUAAGUGUUCUAUACUGCAAUUCUUUCAUUUUGUAGCUUGGAGGCUUGGGGUUCCAACAUCAUAGGCGCUGAUGUUUAUAACCUGACAUUUAUUCUCUUUUAAUAUUUUUAGAGAUCUUAUAAUCUGUUUUCAA